CAUAACCUCACAUUUUAUCAACAAAAACAAAUAACACAAAAACAAUUAUUUAUUUAUUACUGUGCCGUGGAGUGUGGACUGUGAUUGUUUGAUUGUUAUUAUAAAACAUUUAAUUACCAAUUAUUAUCAGAAAAACAACCUCCUACAAACAAAUAGCAUGGACUUAACAAAACCCAUCCAAACAGUUUUCCUUCUGCUCAGUUUUACUGGUUUCGUGUACCCCUUUUUGCAUCCGGUCGUUUUCGUUCCGGGAGACGGUGGAAAUCAGCUCGAAGCGAAAUUAAACAAGACCGAUGUCGUUCAUUAUAUCUGCCAAAAAACCACCACUGACUAUUUCAAUAUUUGGCUCAAUUUGGAACUUCUUGUUCCCCUUGUUAUCGACUGCUGGAUUGAUAAUAUCAAGCUGACUUAUGAUAACGCUACUAGGACUACACGGAAUCAACCUGGGGUAGACGUUAGAAUACCAGGUUUUGGCGGUACCGAAUCAGUAGAAUGGAUAGAUCCAAGUCACGCUUCCACAGGGUCGUAUUUCAAUAACAUAGCCGAUAUCCUAGUCUCAUUGGGUUAUACCAGGAAUGUCAGUAUUAAAGGUGCCCCUUAUGAUUUUCGCAAAGGACCUAAUGAAAAUCAAGAUUAUUUUAUAAGACUGAAAAAGCUGAUUGAAGAUACUUAUGAGGAAAACAAUCAAACCUCUGUUAUGCUUAUAGUACAUUCAAUGGGCGGGCCAAUGUCUCUCUAUUUUUUAAACCAGCAACCUCAAUCUUGGAAGGACAAAUAUGUUAAAAGAUUGGUAGCUUUAAGUGGGGCUUGGGGCGGAUCUAUUAAAGCUUUAAAGGUUUACGCUAUGGGUGAUGAUUUAGGUUCAUAUGUUCUUCGUCCUAGUGUAAUGAGGGCAGAACAAAUAAGUCAACCUAGUACUGCUUAUCUUUUACCUUCGCCACUGUUUUGGAAGCCUGACGAGGUUUUAAUUCAGACCCAAAAGAAAAAUUUCACUUUGAAUAAUUUACAUGAGUUUUUUGACGGAAUCUCUUUUUCUGAUGGUUGGGAAAUGAAAAAAGACUUGGCUCCAUUUCAAGCUAGUUUUAAGCCGCCAGGUGUUGAAGUACAUUGUUUGUAUGGUAAUGGCGUACCAACUGUAGAACGAUUAUAUUAUAAGCCAGGUACUUGGCUAGAUGGUACUCCAACGCUAAUAAACGGCGAUGGCGAUGGUACAGUAAACCUUCGCUCCUUAGAAGGCUGUCAGCAUUGGAGAUCUUUACAAAAACAAAAAGUAUUCUUAAUGCCCCUACCAAAAAUCGACCACUUGACCAUUUUACGCAGUAAUCUCACCUUGCAAUAUAUUGCGGAGCUCGUUAAAUCAGACGAGCCAAAUUUCAAAGAGUACAUCACAGAGGGGCCCCAUAAGAGGUCGUGGAUGGAUAAGUUUAGGUUUUUGAAAAAAGAAAGCGCUCAGAGUAAGGCGCCUCAUUGGCCGGAUUUAUUGUAUGUUAAUGAUGUUUGAGAUUAUUUUGACUAAAUUUAAAAAUACAAAAACGUGAUAUUUUUUUAAAUAUUUUUUCCUUAGGAAUAUUCAAUUUUAUUUUAAAGGCACAGUUAAUAUUGAUUUGACCUGACAUUAUUUUGAUUAAUUUAGAAUAAAAAUACUCAUAUUGUGAUUUAAGAUUUGCUUAGUUUAUAUACAUAUUUAUUAUUUAAUUAAAAUCUCUUGCUGUAUAUGCAUAUUAGGCAUCUAAGUUUUUUUCUGUCCAGCAAUAACCAAAGCA